CCUGGGUAUGGUGGGUGGGGAUUUGGGGUGUCAACUGGACACAACUGAGUAGACGUAACCUCAGUUAAAGAGUUGUGUCCAGAUUGGCCUGUGGACAUGCAUGCCUGUGGGGAAUUUUCUGGAUUGCUAAUUAAUGGUGGGAGUACUAGCUUUCAGUGAGCAGUGCCACCCGGAUUCUGGACUGGGCAGGCCGGAAGAAGCAAGCAGUAAGGAGCACACGUCCAAGGCCUCUGCUUCAGAUCCCACGACCAGUCCUACCUUGGCUGCCUUCCACGAUGGGCUGGAACUGCUACUGCUUCCUAAAAUGAGACUCUGGGGACUUCUGCCAUUCCUGGUCCCCUUCAUCCUCCUGUGGAGCAUCCAGGAACCUGAGCUGGCAGAGGGUUUCUUUAUCAGAACAUGCCCAAGAGUCAGAGUGAAGUGUGAGGUUGAAGAAAGAAAUGAGUGUACAAGGCACCGACAGUGUCCAAACAAGAAGAGGUGUUGCCUGUUCAGCUGUGGGAAGAAAUGCAUGGACCUCAGGCAAGAUGUAUGCAGUCUGCCCCAGGACCCUGGUCCCUGCUUGGCCUACCUUCCACGCUGGUGGUAUAACCAAGAAACUGACCUCUGUACCGAAUUCAUCUAUGGUGGUUGUCAAGGGAACCCUAACAACUUCCCAUCUGAAGGUAUCUGCACCGUUGUCUGCAAAAAGAAACAAAUGUCUUCCUGGAUAUGAUAAGGAGGAGCUGGAGGAAGCUCCAGGUCUUGGCUCCUAAUCUGAGGCCUUCUUCCCGGGAACCGACGCCUGCUCCGGAUUGGCCGCCAGUGGCCAAGUCUUAGCCACUGAGACUUUAGCUGUUCCCAAACCAGAACCCUAGACUUUGCUUAUUCCCUUCCCCCAACCCCAGCUUCUCUUCAAGUGUCAUGACCUUCGACCUUUGACCCCCUCCUCAGCCUGGGACUCUCAUCACCUCAACUUUCAGGGCUCCGAUUUGUUCCUAUGAAAUCUGGUUCCUCCUAAUAAAGGAUUCUGUGAGUUCUGA